AUGGGGGUGCCCUCUGCCCAGGCCCAGCAGGUGGAGGGGACCGGGCGGGGACCCUGUCCUGUCAGCAGCUCUGUCCCCCCAGAUGGUACUCCGGGGCCUUGGACCCUGUUCUCCGAGACGCCCCCGCGGCCACGCAGCUUCCCCGGCCAACCAUGGGCCAACGACACUGACAUCCUGGAGCUCUCGGACCGCUCCCGGGCGCUGCUGCUGGGCUGGGUGCCCACGCGCCUGGUGCCCGCGCUCUACGCACUGGUGCUGGUCGUGGGGUUCCCAGCCAAUGGCCUGGCACUGUGGGUGCUGGCCACACGCGUGCCGCGGAUGCCCUCCACACUGCUGCUCAUGAACCUGGCGGCCGCGGACCUCCUGCUGGCCCUGACGCUACCACCGCGCAUGGCCUACCACCUGCGCGGCCAGCGCUGGCCCUUCGGGGAGGCAGCCUGCCGCCUGACCACGGCGGCACUGUACGGCCACAUGUACGGCGCCCUGCUGCUGCUGGCUGCCGUGAGCCUGGACCGCUACCUGGCCGUGGUGCACCCGCUGCGGGCGCGCGCGCUGCGAGGCGGCCGGCUGGCCACGGGGCUGUGCGCAGCCGCCUGGCUGCUGGCCGGCGCCCUGGCGCUGCCCCUGCUCCUGCAGCGGCAGACCUUCCGACUGGCGGGCUCCGACCACGUGCUGUGCCACGACGCGCUGCCCCUGGGCGCUCAGGCCUCGCACUGGCGGCCGGCCUUCGUCUGCCUGGCCGUGCUGGGCUGCUUCGUGCCGCUGCUGGCCAUCGCGGGUGCCUACGGCGCGUCCCUGCGCGCGCUGGCCGCCGCCGGCAGGGGCCGCUACGGGCCGGCGCGCAGGCUGAGCGCGCUGGUGCUGGCGGCCGCGCUGCUCUUCUUCGCGCCCAGCAACGUGCUGCUGCUGCUGCACUACUCGGACCCCGCGCCGCGCGCCUGGGGCGACCUCUACGCCGCCUACGUGCCCUGCCUGGCGCUCAGCGCCCUCAACAGCUGCGUGGACCCCUUCCUCUACUACUACGUGUCGGCCGAGUUCAGGGCCCGGGUGCGCGAGGGGCUGCGGCGCGUCCCGCACGCCUCCUCCAGCCUCAGCUGCGCGUCGCGGGACGGGGCAACGCCCUGGACCCGGAGCUCGUCGCUCCCGUGA